AUCUUGUCCCAUUUUACCGUAAAAAAACAAAAAAAAAAAACAACUGAUUAGACAUUUCUAGGAAAGUUUAUUACGUUACAGCAUUAUAAGCCUGAUAUCAACCACACACGUGUCAAAAAAAGCACAUCUUUUAUAAGAAUUCGAUACAAAUUUAUUUUGCAUACUAGUGUAGGCAAACAUUUCGCCUGAGGUAAGAAUAUGUCAGAAAUAACUAUAGCACUAGUUGGUAAAACUGGACAUGGGAAAUCCAGCACUGGAAAUACCAUUUUACGAAAAGAUGCAUUUGAAGAAAGCAAUACGACGACAUAUGCAACAGAAAUUUUAACAUUGCAACGUGCUGACUUUGGGAACUAUAAAGUCAAAGUCUAUGAUAUACCUGGACUAGAGUCACAAACGUUUUCCCAAAAACAUAUCAUACGCCAAUUUUAUUCACUUAUGGAGUCCGCUGGGAAAAUUGAUCUGUUUAUCUUUGCAUAUAGCUAUCCGUCUCGCUUUACCAUUGAAGAGGCAAAAGUACUUUCCAAACUUCAGGACACUUUUGGGCAUGAUUUUCUUGAGAAACACGGCAUGAUGGUAGUCACUCGUGGAGACCUUUGCAAAAGGGACGCUUCUGGUGAUGGCGUUCCCACUGAGGAAUGUUUUAGGAAGUGGUGUGAAAACUCUGGAGACAAAUUCAAAAGCUUAAGAGAAAUGGUCAGUGAUAGGAUACUUCUUGUUUGUAAUAGAGGCACUUUUGAACAUAACACUGAUAGAAUGGUUUCGUCUAGAAAGCUGCAUGAGAUAGCAAUAACAAUGCAUAAUAGAGGAACACCCUUUAAGAAAGAAGAGUUUGAAAGGAUCCAUAAAUGGUGUACAAUAGCAUAAUAAAAACCAUAAAUAUAUAUAAUAAGAUGUUCUAUUUUUAAAUGUAAAAAAAUGGAGUAAAAUGGAAAUUUCGUUGGUUUUACUUGCACGAUAUUUUUUUUUUCUAUAAUUUCAAAUAAAAGUCCAUUCAGUAUAA